CGUAGGUGCAUGUUCUAUAAUAGAGUGAUGUGUUCUCUUUAAAAUAUUUCUGUUAAACGAUUUUAUGCCUUUUACUGAGAAAAAAACAAUUCAUCAGUAUGUCAAACAACCUAUCAAACUUGUGCCUGUGAAGAUAUUGGUGUCUGAGUUUCGUAAUAAAGACAAGAAAGAUCAAACAAAUGUUGAAGAAGACGUUGACGAUAGCAUGGAUAUUUAUUGUUUGUUUUUUCGAUUGUUGCUGGUUAUUUGAACGGCGCAGUGGCGUGCUAUUUUCAAAAGAAGAUUGCUAUAGAGAUAUUCAAAGACCGAACCACGCUUGCUGGGAUUACACGGAACGCUUCAAAUGGGAUACAGAACUUCAAGAUUGCGUAUUAGCCGUUUAUGGAGGCUGCCAUCCAACUAAAAACAAUUUCCACACCCGCGAAAAUUGCACAGAAAUAGCGAAACCAGUUUGUCAAAAGUUAAUUUAAUUUAGAGAAAACGAAAUCCAAAAACAAAUAUGAGA